ACAACAAUUCAAUUCAUCUUCUUCUUCAUCUAUCCCCCAAUAUCCAUCCUCCUUUCUCUCUCUUGUCCUCACCAAAACAUUUCUGUCUUCAUACUCAAAAUGAGCAUCACCGCCUACUCUUCUCCUCUCUCUCCUCCUCCUUCUUCUGUCGUCGUCUUUUUCUUCUUCUUCUUUACUUAAAAUCAUUGAUUUCGUUUUAUUCGUCACUCACUGAAUCCUGAAGCAGAACCUAACGCUUGAGAGACGGUAUGAACAAACUUGUGAUUGAAGUUCUUGAUGCAAGCGACCUGAUGCCAAAGGAUGGAGAAGGUUCAGCGAGCCCCUUUGUAGAGGUCGAAUUUGACAAGCAGAAGCAGAGGACUCAAACCAAGCUCAAAGACCUGAAUCCUCUGUGGAAUGAGAAGCUCGUAUUCAGCGUUGAUGACCCCAGAGAUCUUCCCAACAAGACAAUUAAGGUUGUCGUGUACAACAAUAAUCGAUCAAGGGCUGAUUCAACAGGUGGCCACCAUCAGAACUUCCUUGGAAGAGUCAUAAUUAAAGGUGAGACUGUAUCUUUAUCUGAGUCUGAGGCCUAUGUUCAGCGAUACCCACUUGAUAAAAGAAGUUUAAUGUCACGUAUCAGAGGAGAAAUCGCUCUUAGAGCCUAUCUUGUUUAUGACGCUUCUGGUUAUUCGCCUCCUGCUGCUGCUGCUUCUCCUCCUUCACAAGCACAGGCAGCGAAAGUGAAUCCUGUGGUAGAUCAUGAACCUGUGGAAGAGACUCCUCUGCAAGAGAUUAACACAAACAAGCUAGAUCAUCGUGAGGAAAGAAGAGUUGGUGAUGAUGAUGGUGAGAAGAAGAAAAAGAAGGAACCUGAAGUCAGAGUAUUUCACUCCAUUGGAACUGAGAAACCUCGUAAUCCUCCUCCUGCACCGCCACCUGCUGCCGCGGCGCCGGCGCCGGCGCCGGCGGCAGCACAGACCAGGGCUGAUUUUGCCCGUGCAGGUCCACCGAACGUGAUGCUGAUGCAGGUACCGAAACAAAAUCCAGAGUUUGCAUUGGUUGAGACGAGUCCACCUCUAGCAGCACGCUUGAGGUACAGAAGAGGCGACAAGAUGUCAACCACAUAUGAUUUAGUGGAACAGAUGCAUUACUUGUAUGUGAACGUGGUAAAAGCAAGAGAUCUUCCAGUGAUGGAUGUGUCAGGAAGCCUUGAUCCUUAUGUCGAAGUGAAACUUGGGAACUACAAAGGCGUAACGAAGCACUUGGAGAAGAAUCAAAACCCAGUUUGGAAGCAGAUUUUCGCCUUCUCAAAGGAGAGGUUGCAAUCAAAUUUGCUUGAAGUGACUGUGAAGGACAAGGAUUUUGUUAAGGAUGAUUUUGUGGGCAGAGUUGUGAUUGAUCUCACUGAAGUACCUCUUCGGGUACCCCCAGAUAGCCCGUUGGCUCCUCAAUGGUACAGAUUAGAGAACAAGAAAGGGGAAAAACAUAAAGGUGAAGUGAUGCUUGCGGUUUGGAUGGGAACACAAGCCGAUGAGUCGUUUCCAGAGGCAUGGCAUUCUGAUGCGCACAAUGUCAGUCACACAAACUUGGCGAAUACAAGAUCAAAGGUAUAUUUCUCUCCAAAGCUUUACUAUCUGAGAGUUCAAGUGAUUGAAGCUCAGGAUCUAGUGCCAUCUGACAAAGGAAGAAGUCCUGAAGCAGUGGUGAGAGUACAACUUGGAAGUCAAAUGAGAUACACUAGGCCUUCUCCAGUGAAAGGAAUAAACCCAAUUUGGAAUGAUGAACUUAUGUUUGUUGCAGCAGAACCUUUUGAGGAUUUCAUAGUGGUGACAGUAGAGGAUAGAGUAGGUCCUAACAAUGUGGAAAUCUUAGGAAGGGAAAUCGUAUCAGUCAGAAGUAUUCCAUCUAGACAUGAAACCAGCAAGCCCCCCGAUGCUAGAUGGUACAAUUUACACAGGCCCUCGGCAGUGGGAGAAGAAGAAACAGAGAAGAAGAAGGAGAAAUUCUCAAGCAAGAUUCACCUCCGAAUGUGUCUUGAAGCCGGUUACCAUGUGCUCGAUGAGUCCACGCAUUUUAGCAGUGAUCUACAACCAUCCUCUAAGCAUUUGAGGAAGCAAUGCAUUGGAAUUCUUGAGCUUGGCAUACUAAGUGCAAAGAAUUUGCUGCCCAUGAAGGGGAAGGAUGGCAGAACAACUGAUGCCUAUUGUGUUGCUAAGUAUGGGAACAAGUGGAUCCGGACAAGAACUCUCCUUGAUACGCUUUUCCCUCGCUGGAACGAGCAGUACACUUGGGAAGUUUAUGAUCCUUGCACUGUGAUCACAAUUGGGGUGUUUGAUAACAACCACAUUAAUGGCAGCAGUGACAGCAGAGAUCAAAGAAUAGGCAAAGUAAGAAUCAGGCUUUCAACUCUUGAAACUGACAGAGUUUAUACUCAUUAUUAUCCAUUGUUGGUUCUCACACCUGGUGGCCUGAGGAAGCAUGGAGAACUUCACCUAGCAUUGAGGUUUACUUGCACUGCACGGAUUAACAUGGUUGCUCAGUAUGGUAGGCCUUUGCUCCCCAAAAUGCAUUAUGUUCAGCCCAUACCUGUGAGGCAUAUAGAUUGGCUUCGUCACCAGGCUAUGCAAAUUGUUGCAGCAAGGUUAGUUAGAGCCGAGCCGCCACUUAGGCACGAGGCAGUUGAGUACAUGCUUGAUGUGGAUUAUCAUAUGUGGAGUUUAAGAAGAAGCAAGGCAAAUUUUCAUAGAAUUAUGUCUCUACUUUCUGGUGUUACUGCUGUGUGUAGAUGGCUCCAUGACAUUUGCACUUGGAGGAAUCCCAUAACUACUUGCCUUGUGCAUGUUCUUUUCUUGAUCCUAGUUUGCUACCCCGAAUUGAUCUUGCCCACCAUUUUCCUCUACCUGUUUGUGAUUGGGAUUUGGAACUAUCGGUUCAGGCCAAGGCACCCGCCCCACAUGGAUGCGCGGCUUUCACAAGCGGAGAACGCGCACCCGGAUGAGUUGGAUGAGGAAUUCGACGGGUUCCCUACUAGAAAACCCGCGGAUAUAGUUAGAAUGAGGUAUGACAGAUUGAGGAGUGUGGCAGGAAGAGUACAGACUGUGGUAGGAGAUUUGGCUACUCAAGGGGAAAGAGCACAAGCUAUACUAAGUUGGAGAGACUCGAGAGCUACAGCCAUAUUCAUCAUCUUCUCUCUGAUAUGGGCUGUCUUUAUUUAUGUCACUCCUUUCCAAGUGGUUGCAGUUCUUGUUGGCCUUUACAUGCUGAGACACCCUCGUUUCAGAAGCAAGAUGCCUUCGGUGCCAGUUAAUUUCUUCAAAAGAUUGCCAUCUAAGUCUGAUAUGAUGCUUUGAGAAAGGUACAGGUAGAUCAGCUAGCUUCAAUUCGAGCAAUAAUCUUCUUCAUCCAUAUUUAUUUCAUGCUGUUCAGCUCUCGUGCACAAAUAACAGAUGGAUAGCUAUCUGAAUAAAGAGACGUGCAUUGAUCAUCACAUGCAAACCACCCGGGGGCCCGGGGGGGGGGGAAGAAAUAUGGAUUAUACUUGCACUAUUGUUAUUUGUAUGUACAUCCAAUAAUCCUUCAAUUUCAGCCAUGAAACUAAGCAUUCGUUAGUGCUUGUAAUAUAAAACGCCCUGGUGUAAUUGUAAUUAGACUGUUAUGUUUUCACUAAUCUUAUCUGUAAUGUGUACUCCUUUUCAUCCU